AUGUCCUCCUCGGCGCUUUCGAGCUUUUCACGCUGCUCCUCUGACGUUCAUGUUGUUUCAUCUCUUCUUUCUUCUUUACGUUUGGGGAAAAGUGCUCCUCGCAUUGGCGGCCAAUCGAUUAUGAUGUCAACAAGAAGAAGACAACGAAGAAGACAAAGACAAAGAAGCUCGAUGGCAGCGAAGAGUAGCUUUAACGCCUCUCGCGAAGAUGAUGAAACCAGCGACGACGACGACAAAAAUGGUGGUGCAGUGUGGACGCAAACGACUGCGUUUGAACUGUACGCGAGGGAGAUAAACAACGAAACGUCAAAGGUAUGUUUCGCGAGAUUGACGAGCGCAGAAUCCGGUGCGGCGGUCGACCCGAGCGUGUUUCUUCUGUGCGUGUUCGCCGCCUCCUCCUCAACUUCUUUGUCUUCUUCUUCGAGCAGCGAGAACGAGAACAGCGAAACAAGCUUUAGUAGGAGUAGGAGUCCCGUCGCGUUCACGCACAAACGAAUGCGAGAGAUGACGAGAAUAAGCGAACGAUGGAAUUGGAAGAUAUUGAAACGCGUGGAAAGCGCGGAAAUGAGUUUGUUCUCGCUGGCGAAUCCGCCGGAGAACGUGCCGCCGGCGAGGGAGUUCGGGCUGGAGUUGAAACGGUUGAGAGAGAGGAUGGAGAGAGCGAAACGGGCGCAGAUGUGGAAGUUGGUGGAGGACGAACGCUGGUGGGGUGAUUCGGGAGGAGGAUCGGGAGAAGAAGAAGAGGAGGAGAAUAGGAGUAAUAGCAGCAGUAGGAGUAGGAGUAGUAGUAGUAGUAACAUCGGCGGCGGCGACGGCGAAAAGGAGACCGACGAUGAUGCCGAGAAAAUGUUCUUCGACGCGUCGACCCGAACCGCUUGCGAGAAUAUUCGCAUAUACUUCGAGUACCUCGGCUUCCAACCGACGAGUCGGGAGUGGAUAUCGAUUCAAACCCUCCUCGCCGAGUGUUUGACGAGCGAGAAGGACCGAUCGAUGAUUCGAGUCAAAGACGACGACGUAAACGACGACGACGGUUCCUCUUCCUCCUCCCCUUCUUCCUUCCGUCUCCUCAAACGCAUAAUCGACCGCAAAACUCAAAAGCCGUGGAAAGACGCCGAACGACGAAAACUCAACCACCGAUACCUCCUCGCUCGCGAAAACUUACUCGAAGCGAAAGAAGAGUGGAAUGACGCCGAAAAGUCGUACAAAGAAGCGAGAAGGAAAAUGAGCAAAGCGCGACACGAGGUUGCCAAAACCAGGAAACACGUCCGGAUCGAGUUUCGGUGA